GACAAUAAUAUGCUUUCAGUGUAUCCGGUGGUGAAUUAUUUGAACGAAUCAUCGCCGACGAUUUUGAAUUUUGCGAAAGUGAUGCUGUAAUAUUCAUGCGGCAAAUUUGUCUCGGGGUUCAGCAUAUGCACAAACUGAACAUUGUACAUCUUGAUUUAAAGCCAGAGAAUAUAAUGUGCGUGGAUAAACACAGUAAUCGAAUCAAACUUAUCGACUUCGGUUUAGCUAGGAAGUUAUUACCUGGAGAUUCGAUGAAAGUGAUGUUUGGAACACCAGAAUUCGUUGCUCCUGAAGUAAUCAACUAUGAUUCCAUUGACACUGCUACGGAUAUGUGGAGUGUAGGGGUUAUUUGUUAUAUUCUGCUAAGUGGUUUGUCCCCAUUUCUUGGUGACUCUGACGUGGAUACACUAAAUAACGUGACAAGGGCGGAUUGGGACUUCGACGACCCGGCCUUUGAUACUGUUUCUGAAGACGCUAAAGCAUUCAUCGAAGAAUUAUUGGUGAAACUUCAAAGGAAACGGCAUAGUGCCAACCAAUGCCUAGAACACAAAUGGCUAGCAGGCGACACGAGACAAAGACAAACUAACCGACUUUGUACUACAAAGCUGAAACGAUAUGUUGCUAAACGAAGAUGGCAGAAAACAGCAAUCGCUUUGCGAGCGAUUCAUCGAAUGAAUGUCCUGAUGAUGUUUGGGAGCAGACUUUCCACUGAAUCAAAGUUUUCACACACACCUACAGUAAGUCAACUUACCAAAUUUAACACGACUGAGAAGCAGAGUUUAAAUGUCAACUCUCCAGUUAGCAAAACUUGUACCACUCGGCUAAAGCGAAAAAAUAGCAUUGUCGAGGAAGUCAUACAAAAAUUUGAGAUGAAUAACAAUAUUCAAGUUGAUGACGUAUGCUAUGUUAAAAAGGAGAAAACAAUUUCACAUGAAAAAUCUCCGAAUAUGGCCGAGACAAUACAAACAUCGUUCAAGUAUCAGUCAACGCCAAUCUUGCUCGACAUUCUAAAAGACAGUAGUGUUUGCAAAGGGGGUAGAGCAACAUUUAAUUGCAAAGUGAAGAGUUAUCCGCUUGCUGAUAUCUCUUGGUUUAAAAACGGCAAACCAAUUGAAGAAAACAUUCGUUUUAAGAUCGAGUUCGAUAAUAUUUGCCAGUAUUCUUUGACCGUCAGUGAUGUGAAUGAUAGUGAUUUUGGUGAAUACUCAAUGGAAGCAAGAAAUAAACUAGGCCAGUGCAAAAGUUCGGCUAAACUGCUUGAAGAAAAAUUAUCGGAUGAAAGUGGAGGAAAUUUUAGUAACGAACAACUGAGAUUGCAGGAAUUUUCAGCAGACAAAAAGCAAAGUUUGACUGGCGCUUGUGCUGAGACUGAAGGGCACUCCACAUCCAUUACCGGCACCUUACACAUACACGAAGGCAUAUCACCCACAAAUGAUCAGCAAGCUUUUAUUUAUACAUAUAAAUCAACCAACACUGACAACUGUGGUAUUUUAGUCGGUGAUGAUUGUGGAUCGAACUUUGAAAAGAACAGGUCUACAUCGAGGAAAAAUUUUUUCUCAGCAUCUAAUCAAUUACCAGCUACUGACGAUACUAAAGGUACCCAAUCACCAUCAUCGAACUUUCCCUCAAAAAAUUUAGUCGCAUCUAUAACUGAAAAAUCCCUUGUAUCACAGUGGAAAGCCUCGACUGCUAAAUCGAAAUCACGCCGCUAUCAGGUUUCAGCAGGCAGGCAAAUCCCAGGUAGACUAUCAACAAAUAUAGUUCGAAAAUUUUCGGCUAUAGAAGCUGAAAACAAACAAACAAAUACGAAGGAUAAUAAGUCCUUGAAAAAACUAGAUAGUGAAAAGAAAAGCCAUACAUCUAGAAUACCAGUCACUCAGAUUACGCGAGUAAAGCCCGCAGAUUUGAAUGGAAUACAGACAGCUUCAACCAAGUUAUCAAGUGUUUCUUCAAACAGAUCAUUACCCGUUCCGUGUGUUCAAUCUGCGUCGUCGAAGGAAACAAUAACCAACAAGGAACAGACAAUACCACACAGCAGAAGAUCAUCAAUUAAAAGUCCCAGCCAGAGGUUAUCGUGUGGCCAAGUUGGUGAGAUUUCUUCAAAACUUGAAGAAAAGCCAAUUAAGGACAAAUCAGCACAUAAGGUCCAAAGGAAAACGAUUAAAACAAACAAAGACAUAUAUGAAUUGUCAAAAAGAUUUUCAUCUGCAGACCGAAGCAAGGACAAAGGGAGUGCGGGGUAUUUGAAAUCUGAAGAAAAGAGUAGGCCUAGUACUGAAACAACCAAUUCAACACCAAAGAUAACACGGCACAUAAACAAAUCAAAAGCUGGUGUAGAAUCAAGGAAAACACGUAUUCCAACUCCUCGGUCUAGGAUUCAAACUCCUCCAUCUGGACAGGAUAAAAUUUCUAGGGCCAUAAAGAAGGACGAACAGCCUGUGCCAUCUACUGUUUGUUCAAGCAAACUAAAUUCUCUGGGAGAAGCCUCAUUAAAAGAUACACUUAAAUCAAAGAAAACAGACACAACAACUAAGCAAACUCUUGGAAAAAAGGUUUCAUUGUCCCCGAAGUCAAACAUAGCGUUUGCAACUAGAAAGCUUCAGGAAUCAAAGAAAAUGGCUAAAAGAACUGUAACAGCUAUUGAUAUAUCUUCCGGGCGUAAAGGAAUUGGAGCACUUGCCGCCAAGUUCGAAACUAAGAGUAAGAUUGAUACUCCUUCGAUAUCUAAUAAACCUAUCAGAAAUGAACCAUCGUUCGCUUCCAGGUUUAAUGAAAGAGUAAAUGAUGAUAAAAAUAGGAAUGAUAUAAAAUCAAAAGGCGUUUUAAAUUCUCGUGUGAAUAAGUCACUAAAGCCGCCUGCAUUUGGGGUUAGACCAAAACAAGAGUCGAGCCGAGUUGGGGGGAAGGCCGCAUUUCAUUGCACUGCGUUUGGAAUGAGCAAACCUGAUGUGACAUGGAUUUUCAAUGGGAACGUGCUGGAAAAUUCAAAGCGACACAAGAUACACGUUGACAAGGGUAUUUAUUACCUAGAGAUAGUUGAUCUUGUACCGGAAGAUGGUGGGACAUAUAUUUGUAAGAUGGAGAAUGCUGCUGGAAGCGUUGAGGCAUCGGUAGAAUUGACUGUCAGAGACAACCAGAAACGACGUGAAUUUCAAAAUGGAUUUACGACAGACUCCGCUUCAAACACCAACUCCAAGAGUGUGUCUAUCUCUUCAUCGAGCAAAUUAAACGCCUUCAAAAAGUUUAACGACCUUUGCAAAACAAACGACCAACCUUCUAACAAUGCUUUGCAGAAGUCAAUGGAAGUUGUGAAAUCAGUCGAUACAAAGAAAUCGACGAAUUCAAUCAAAAUAUCUAGCACUGUAAAGCAGAAGGACGCACAAAAUACCACCAAAUUGCAGACAAAUACCUUUAAACUCGAACUUAAGAAGGAACAAACAAGUGCUAAGCUUAAAACAGAUGAUCAUGUUGACUCGUCGGCGACGAAAGCUGCUGUGAAGGUGGAAACAACCACACCUAAGCGAACUUCGAUACCUGUAAUGCCUAAGAUCCAGCAACCGCCAAACUUCACCUCUCGUCCAAAGUCACAAACGAUUAAAAAAUCAAAAUCAGCCAGGUUCACAUGUCUUGUUGCUGGCGACCCGUUUCCUGAGAUCAACUGGUUUAAGGAUGGAACACCAUUACCAUCUGACCUCAGAUACAAGAUACUGGAAACAGAAGGAGAACAUAUUUUACAGAUAGAUGAUGCUAUGCAGUGUGAUGCUGGUCGAUAUUCGUGUGUUCUGAUAAACUCGGCUGGCAAGGCCACUGCAAGCUGUCAGCUAACGGUACAAGAUGAUCCACCGGUGUCACCAAAAGUAGAAGCACAAUUCCCACCAAAGUUUCUACGACAAUUAUCCGAUUUAAAAUGUAAGGAUGCUGAAUCGGUGAGGUUUGAGUGCCGUGUGUCGGGGACGCCAAAGCCAAAUGUCAGUUGGUUUUUUGAAGAAAAACCCAUUACCGAAGAUGAUGUCUACGAACUAUCUUUCAAUGGAAUAGUUGCCAAGUUAACCAUCUUUGAAGUAUUCCCAGAGGAUACUGGCAAAUAUACAUGCACGCUGACUAACUCAGUCGGAACUGUUUCCUCUUCUGCCAAAUUAGAAGUUGAAGAAGGAAUUGAGAUUAAUGGGGGAGCAUCAAAUGGUUCAAGAUCGAAUAGUGUAAACUUAACGACUAUUCCAGAAAAGAUAUCAUCCUCACAAGUCAAAAUAUCCCCUAGACCUACAAAAUUAUCGGCACCGACAGCCACGACAUCUGCGCCAGAAUUCAUAAAGGAACUUAGAGAUGUCACCGUUGAUGAUGGAAGUCCGUUGACACUGACAGUUGACGUGAAAGGAUCUCCAGCGCCAACAGCAAGUUGGUUUUUUGAAGGCGAAGAUAUCAAAGAAGAAGAUGAUUUCAAAUUGGUUUCCAGCGGCAACACUCAUUCCUUAGUGAUUGGUGAUGUGUACCCAGAUGACGCUGGAGUUUAUACCUGUGUUAUUACCAACUCAGUGGGGAAAAACUCCACAUCUUGCAAGGUUCUUGUCAAUGAAUCCGGCGAUGUCGGGAUUGCUCCGCAUUUCUUACAGAAGCCUCACCAGAUGAACAUUGACGAAGGAACUGUCAUAACACUGACAUGUAAAGUAGAUGGUGAUCCAGAGCCGAACGUGUUCUGGUCUAAAGAAGGUCGUAUAAUUCAACCAAGUGAUCGUGUCCAGCUCAUCACCGAGGGAUUCUCACACAGUCUUCGAAUUCCAGCCGCCAUUGUGACGGAUACUGGAAGCUAUACAUGCAUCGCUAAAAACGAAGUUGGAGAAGAAAAAUGCACUGUAUCUGUGAUGGUUCACCAGAUUGAGGAUGAACAUACAGACUUCAGGUCACUUUUGAAGUCAAGGCCAAGACUUCGGAAAAUGGACAACACUAACCAAAAUGAAGAUGAAAGAGAAACUGAACAAUUAGAUUUCCGUCAUGUGCUCAAUAAAUCCAAAUCUGAGGAAGAAGAACCUCAAGCCCAAGCCAAAGAGGCAGAGGCAGAACAACUCGACUUCCGUCAUCUGCUCACACGGCACGUUCAAACCAAACAACAUCCAAAAUUUACCAAAGAUUUGUCUGAUGUAGUCGUCGAUGAGGGCAGUUCAGCUUUGUUGGUUUGCAAUGUAAUUGGAACGCCAUUGCCGACUAUUACCUGGAAUUUCAAAGGAAAGGAAAUAAAGGAAUCGAAGUAUUUUAGAAUGACGUAUGAAGGUAACGUCGCAAAACUUUCCAUUUCUGAAACGUUUGCCGAAGAUGAAGGCGAGUACAUCUGUAUUGCGUCGAACAGUGCUGGUUCCACAAGAUCGGUUGCUGAUCUUCGGGUCAAAGCUUGUUAUAGUGAAGAGCCAGAAUACGUUAGUAAUACAAGCACAGAUGAUAUUGGAAUUACAAAGCCAAAUUAUGAGGUUGACAGCACAUUCCAGAGUCCAAUUUCUGCAAAGAUAAAAGCACCUGUUGCGAAUGCUGUUGGUCAGAAGGUUGCUUCUUUUACACUGAAUUCAUCUGCCAAACCAUUUGGAGAAACAAGUUCUAAGAUGCCUAACGUAUCACCACCAGAAUUUAUUGAAGAAUUAUGUGAUGAGCCAAUCAUUGAAGGGAGUGCCGCCAGACUGGAAUGUCGCCUGAUCGGAGAUCCUGAGCCAGUGGUGUAUUGGUAUAAAGAUGGUAAAGAAUUGAAAGAGGGUAGAAAAUACAGUUUUGAGUUUGAUGAUGACGAUGUCAUUGCAUUGGUUAUCAAGGAAACGACAAUGCGAGACCUUGGAAAAUAUGCUUGUAAAGCCGUUAACUCGCUUGGUACUGCAGAAUGUUCAGCUCAACUCAUCAUCGAAGCGCCACCAAAGGUUGAGAAGUGCCCACGGAACUUGGUAGUCAAUGCUGGUCAAGAUAUAGAGAUAACAUGUAAAAUAUCUGGAACGCCUGAACCGGACAUUGAAUGGAAACGAGGCAAGAAGGAAAUCGUAGAAGGGGGAAGAAUCGAGACAGAAGAUGUGGAUGACAAUACAAUGCUGCUUAUUCGUAACGCUAAACAAGAAGAUAGUGGUAUAUACAAGUUAAUUUUAACCAAUGAUCUUGGCACUGAUAGCUGUACGAUUUCCGUCAGUGUUGUAGACAAACCAGAUCCACCUACAGGUAAACCAGUAGCCUCAAAUGUUAGCCGAACGUCUUUGACGCUAUCAUGGAGUGGUUCUCCCUACGAUGGAGGUAGUAUUAUUACUGGCUAUGUAGUAGAAAUGUGCAAAGCCCAAGAGGAAACUUGGAGUAGGCUUACCACGGCCAAGAGUACGUCGUACGUGGUUAGAGGUCUUGUUCCUGAAUCAAAGUAUAAUUUCAGAGUCAGGUCUGAAAAUGCUUAUGGAGUAAGUGACCCUGGAUUGACAUCUGAUCCUGUCCGUACAACUGAAACUAAAGUUCAGAAGGAGGCAAAAGCAGCCGACUCGGGAGAUGAAGGUGACUGCACAUUUGAAUCGAGACAUGUAGUUGUGAAGUCAGGUGAUAUUAAGAAAUACUACGAUAUUCAAGAGCAAGUUGGCAAAGGUCGAUUUGGAAUAGUUCAUAAAUGUAUGGAGAAAGCAACCGGGAAGAUGUGGGCUGCAAAAUUCAUCAAGACAAAAGCAUCAGAGAAAGACGCUGUUAAAGCAGAGAUCGAAAUUAUGAACCAGUUAAAACACCCAAAGCUUAUUCAAUGUGUUGAUGCAUUUGAAACAACACGCGAAAUCAUUAUGGUUUUAGAAUUUGUCCGCGGCGGAGAGUUAUUUGAACGGGUAAUCGAUGACGACUUUAUUCUAACUGAAAAGGAUGUAAUAAUAUUCAUGCGUCAGAUAUGUUCUGGAGUAAGGCACAUGCAUUCGCAGAAUAUUCUGCACCUUGACUUAAAACCAGAAAAUAUCCUCUGUACUGAUACCACAGGCAACACAAUCAAACUUAUUGAUUUCGGAUUGGCACGAAAAUUCGACCCACAGCAGUCGGUGAAAGUGAUGUUCGGAACCCCUGAAUUUGUGGCCCCGGAAGUUGUUAAUUAUGAGAAAAUUGGAUAUAAAACAGAUAUGUGGAGUGUUGGCGUUAUUUGUUAUAUCCUUUUGAGUGGACUUUCUCCUUUCAUGGGAGAUAACGACGCAGAAACACUGAGCGCAGUUACCAUGGCAGAAUGGGAUUUUGAUGAUGAAUCAUUUGAUGAAAUUUCAGAUGAAGCUAGAGACUUCAUUGAAAAACUACUUUUAAAGAAUAAAGAUAAACGAAUGUCUGCAGCUGAUGGAUUGGAACAUAAGUGGCUAACGAAAGACACAAAAACCAUGAAGACCACGAAGAUCUCCACGGAUAAACUAAAGAAGUUCGUCGCCAGGAGAAGAUGGCAGAAAACCGCUAAUGCCGUAAGAGCCAUAUCACGUAUGGCUUCACUUUCUAUGUUCGGUACGCGUAAUCGAUUGUCCAGUCAGGAAGACUCCACCAGCGGCGGAAUAACUCCAUUCUCUAGCAUUUUAAAAAGUAAGCGUGAAGCUUCAAAUAUCAACAAGUUGAAUAAUAGUAACGACACCCAUGUCGACAUUAACUUAAAUGAAACCAGUAACAAUACGAUUCCUAGCAGUUCUAGAAAUAAACGGACUGAUGAUAAAUUCGCACCUGUCAUUAAAGAUGAAAAUCCACCUCAAAAACGAUCCCCUUCUGGCGGAUUAGUGAAGAGGCUGUCAACAGAUUCGUUCUCGAAGUUCGUAAGUAAAACAUCUGAGUCACUAGUUUCCACAAAAGAUGUCAAAUCUAAAAAAACAACACAGACAAAUGAAUCAGGUAAUCAAGCCUCAGGAGGGCAGAACGUAUGGCCGCACUCCGGACAAAGAGGGUCGAAAGACGGCGUAAAGCCUAAAUUUCUUAAGAAAAUACGCAGUAGCACAGUCACAGAAGGCCAGCAGGCACAGUUCGAUUGUAUUGUGAUUGGCGAUCCUACACCGGUUGUAAAGUGGUAUCAAGACGGACUAGAAAUUCCCAAAAACGAGCGAUAUUUAGUGAAAAAUUCGAAUAAUGGCGCUUGUUCUUUGCUCAUAAUGAAUGUCGUCGAAGAUGACGACGCUGAGUACACAGUGAAAGCUAUAAACGCAAGUGGUAGCAUAAUGUGUACAGCUGAACUUGCCGUUGACCUUAAGUAAAAAAUACAGGAUUUUAUUAAUAUACUGUAUAGGUUUAUAAGCUACAUAAAAUAUAGGCCUAUAUGUAUGUAGGCCAAUAAAGGCUUAUAUAUUAUAUGCUGUACGAGACUAGACAACUGAUAUUCCAUUCAAAUUUUGUAUAGAUCAUUUUUUUCCCUUUAUAUUGUUUUAGGUGUAGUGUCGUACACGUUCUGAUUGACGCUGAUGAUUAAUUGCCUUUAAAUUGUCUGAAGAAAUGUUAUAGUUAACGUCUAUUUUACAACUUUUAUUUUAAGAGGGAUUAAUGACAAACUAGUUUUGCCAGAUAGAUAAAUUGCUAUUAAUACUUCCUUUAAACCAUUAUUUGCAUUAUAUUGUACGAUUACUCCUUAUCAUUUUGUUUAUAUCAACAAUAAUAAUAUUCGGAAGAGAUAAAUAUUGUUCUUAUGGUUUCGGAAGAAAAAUAUCAGUCAUUUCCUUUCGCAGAAUAAUUGUAAAACAUUCAUAUGGUAUGUAGGCACUUUUAUUACCAACUAAUUAUUGGUAACAACAUUUAAAGUUCUUGACAUUAUGCUUAACAAGACAGCACAAUACAAUUUAAUAUUACAUUAUAUAUUAUCUAUAGACCUAUAUACUUCCCGUAAACAUUAUAGAUUUAGAUUAGAAAAAAAAAAUAUUAUCUUACUGUUUUAUGAUAUUUAUAUUUACAUUUCAAUUUAUUUCACAAAAAACACCAAUUUACAUUUCAUUGCUUGCAACGUUUGAAUGUAGCAAAAAAAAACAGUAUUCGUAAUAUAAGCCUAACUUUGUUUGAAAAUUUAGUGUAUAAUUUUUGAGACUAUAUUGGUCGGUAGGUUAAGAUGUUAAUUAAGUAUGUAAAAACUCUAGAAGUCUGCUGGAGAUGUUGGAAAAUGUAAUAGACGUUGAUAACGGAAGGAUUUGGUCAGACUGUCAUAAUCUUCACGGUUGGGUAACAGACCCGGCUGUGUCAAUACCAUUCAUGCAUGCACUACAUGUUAACAUGUACUAAGGUUUAGUUAUUAUUUCAGCAUCGCAAGAAAAUGACAUAUUCACAGUAAGUUUUGAAGACUUUACCCUUUUAAUAACGUAAUUAAUAUAACUAGUAAAAUAUAAUAUACGGUACUGGGCAUAUGUUAAAAUGUUUUGGUUUACAAAUACAAUUAUGUUAUGUAGCGGAUAUUUAAAAUUUAAAGGAUUUGGUUAUUAAUAUGCAACCAAUGCUUUUUUAGUUAUAGUCACGCUUUUACGUUAGAUUUCUUUCAGGAUGAAGAUUAGGUAUAUGUAUUAGUGUUAACAACACUAUAAAUACGCAUGUAAUUAAUUAGCAAAGCAUUUUGGUAUAUUCAAAAUACGUAUUAAAAUACAGUCUUAAAA